AUAAGUUGACUAUUAACCAACAAUUCCUGAAAUUCAUGAGAAAUGUAAUUAAAUAAAAAUUUCAGGCUUGUGAAUCGCUAGUAGCCCCUGAAGCGCAUUAAUACUUAUAUCGUUGCACAAUUUUUAGUUCGAGUCUUAUUGGAAGUCUCGAAAAUUCAUUAAUAUGUUUUUUAUAUAACAUUCUAAAAUUCACAUUCACUAAUGCUACCUACAAUUCAUUAAAAGCGUACAUAAAUAGAAAUUUCAAGUUUGAACGUAGCCAGCACCCCCGAAAACCCACUCGCACUUAUAUCGUUGCAAAAUUUUAAGUUCCACACCCUUUGGGGGUUUCUAAAUUUCAUAAAUAUUACUUAUAUAGCAAAUAUAAGUCUGACAUUUACGACAGGUGCUUAAUACUUAUUCAACGUAUAACUAAAUAAAAAUGUUAAGCUUACCGCUUGCCUGCAUCUCAUAAAAAAAAAAAUAAAAAAUUUUGUCGCUGUAAAAUUUUUAGUUUAGGUCUUACUGGGGAACUCUAAAGCUCAUUAAUAUUAUGUCUCUAAUUAGGAAUAACAUUGGUAUUGAUUAAUGGUGCCUAGUAUUAAUUACAAGUGUAAUUAAAUAAAAAUUUCAAUUUCCCACGAGUAUAACUUCGGGCCUUAACGUCAAAUGGUUCUUUUCAGGUCGUAUACUAAUGUGUCGAAGUCAUCGAAGUGUCCCAAGUUGGCAUUUGAUAUCGAGAGGAAUUCAAUCUUUGAAUCGGAAUCGCCCAUAUAUGUUUUAAAUGAAAAUAGCGAGCUAUCAUCAAUAUCGACCACUUCAUCUAAUGCAGCUACUCGAUCGUCUUUGCCUACUGUGCAAAUCAUGCAAAAGUCUUUUUCUGAAUGGGAAGAUUCCUGUUUCAAUCAUUCGAUGGCACGAUCAACACCUUCUCCAGCACCUCUACAAAGUGAAUCACGUUUAACACCUUCUCCAGCACCUCUACAAAGUGGAUCACGAUCAACACUGUCUCCAGCACCUUUACAAAGUGGAUCACGAUCAGCACCUUCUCCAGCACCUCUACAAAGUGGAUCACGAUCAACACUGUCUCCAGCACCUCUACAAACUGGAUCGCGAUCAACACCUUCUCCAGCACUUCUACAAAAUGGAUCACGAUCAACACCUACACCACCUUCGCAAGAAUGUACGCCAAAGAAGAAGAAAACCAAGGAUUUGAGCAACCAAGGAUUGGAAGAAUCUUUUUUCAAUUUGACUCAGAUUAUGCAGCAACAUUACAUGGCUCCAAAUAAUUCAGGACCUGCAAGCACUGCUGAUAAUUCAUUUGCUUCAUUAAUAGUUGCAGAGAGAGUUGGGAGUCUUACCAGAUUCUGAAAAAAGAAGUAGAAAGCAAAGAAUCUUACAAAUUUUAUAUGAGCCUUACAAUGCCUGUUUAUA